GGGUCACCCACAUUCAGACAUUCCUGAAGGACCCCCCUCUUGUGUUCUAUGUCUGGUCCGCCUCCGAAGACCCCUGUUUUGUAACGUGUUGGAUUUAGGUGCAUACCGGGCGCACAGCAGGACACCCAACCUUCAAUGUUACGCGUACUGGGCGACACUGGCGUAACCGGGCACAUUUCCGCUGCUGGCGAUCCGACUACCGAGAACGGCUCAAAUGGGCGGGGAGGAUGAAAAUCUCAGCAGCCAUGCCGAAAUGUCCGGUGUAAUUGCGCAUAGUGAUGUGGCUGGCGGAGAUCUGGGGCCGGAAACCAGGAGCCGGCGUGCGUGUGAACCAUGCCGCUCACGCAAGGUUGGUUGUGAUAGGGGCCAGCCAUGCUCCACCUGUGUUCGCUCUCAGGUGACAUGUAUCUACGCGGCUCCCCAAAGCAAACGCCCACAACGGCAGCGAAUACUCAUAUCCCCCCAAUACGAAAGAAAGAUUGAUCGUAUCGAGGAAAGGCUCGCAAGCUUGGUUGACCUGCUCGGCAACCUCAAAGUGGAACCGCCGCCCCAAGCCUCUGACAGGCAGGCCAAAGUCCUUCUUCCGCACAACCACGAACAGACUCCGAGUAGCUCCGUUCCCACCCCAGCCUCCAUACCGGCUUCCACCUCGAGCUAUAGUUGUGUGCGAGGACCCCCGACUACACACACCGACACCUCCGACCCUGCCUUCGUUGGAGAGUCGUCUAUGGCCGCGCAGUACGACUUCGCCAACAACUUUCUUGAGCAGGCCCUGCAUGCCGGACCACUGCAGGACUUCCGGCUUGAAAUGGAUGAGACCUUGGGCGCACUUCGUUCUCUGGUCCACGCCCGGAAAACGCACACUGACACCAGAGAGGCCGUUUUCCCACACGCCAGAAGCCCCUUGCCCUCCCAGCCAUUCGCACGAUCGCUUCCAAACGCGACUACAGCAAUGGCCAGUAUAAGUGUUGCAAAGGACAACUUCCGUCUCAAUUAUCUAUGGUUAUGCAACAUUAUGUCGAUUGAUAGCUUCACUGCUCGUGCCAUCAAAGUGUUGUUCUCAUCUGAGUAUUCGGAAGCAGAGUACAUAAUCGUCAGCAUCGGUCUCUAUUGGCUGUUCAAUGUCCUUACCAUCGCGGUGCCCGAUCAAAAGCUGGGUAGUCACCUCCGCCGGGAAGACUUGGUCAAAGAAGGACUGUUGUGUCGCGAAAACCUUGAGACUAGUCUGUCGACACUUCCAUUCAACUUGCCAAGCGACCAGGACCACAUAGAAGCUCUAAUUAUGGCGGCCUUCUACGCUGUCGACAACUCCAAGCCGUCCCUGGCCUGGUCAUUCUGCUCAGCCUCAGCGCAAAGAUGUCUCAGCCUCGGCCUUCACCGGGAUCAUGUCGUGAACCAAAACAACGAUUUUCGGAAUCGGAAUCAAUGGCUCUUCUGGACCACUUAUGUGAUAGACAAGGCCCUUUCACUCCGUCUUGGUCGUCCUUCAAAUCUUCCUGACUAUGAUAUCACUGUAUUACCCCCGAAUCCUUCUCUGAACCCGGGUCCCGAGCCCUGGUCAUUUUCAGACCUCACUUUCGUAUCAUGGAUUCAUGUCGCCCGGAUCCAAGGACGCGCCUAUGAGGAGUUGUACAGUCCUGCGGCUCUAAGGCAGUCAGACCAGGUUCGACGGGCCCGGGUAAAGGCCAUGGCAGAUGAGGUCAAGGCAGUCAUGCAACGUAGUGAACAAGUAAAUAAACAGUCUAAAGACCAUCUCGAAUGGGCUACUACAAUAGAUAUCGACACCUAUCAACUGAUGCUCAUGAUGGAUAAAGUAUUAAACUUGUCGGUCUUGACACUGCUCUAUCGAGCAAUCCCUUCUCCGCCAGGCUCCGCGUCGACGUUUACACCAGAGUGCGUUGAAACUGCACGUUUGGCCCUCGAAAGGCAUGAAGAGUGUGUGCAGCAUCUAAAACCCUAUGAUUCACAGGUCCAGGUGCUUUAUCUGCAUUGGACGAUUCAUUAUAACCCGUUUAACCCGUUCAUUGUCAUAUUCUGUCAUGUCAUCGAGACAAGUGACAUGAGCGAUCUAAACCGACUCCACGAUUGUCUGGCCUCUUUUGAACCCUUGUCGAAAACCUCCGAGGCGACCGCACGUAUUCACCGGCUAUUCAAUGUUCUGUAUAAUGUUGCUCUGAAAUAUGUCGAGGUCAAGCAAAAUCAGGAGCAGGCUUCAGUCAGCCGAGAAUUCGAUGCCUAUCUCACCGCACUAGGGUUCAACCCAGGUGGAUUGAUGGACGUCAGGCAGGACGGCGAUGGUACGGAAGGGUCCACUUUAGCAGGGACUGGUAUUUCUGUUACCAUGCAAGACUAUUCAGGGCUAGAGGGAGUACAGAUGUCCAACCAAGACGUAAAUGCUCAAGGCAUGCUGCAACAAGGCAUGCUGCUUGGUGGUUGGUUCCACAGCAAUCAGCAGAUGAUGGGUUUGUUGGAAGAGGACACCCUCUGAAAUGCUGCCCCAGUUUCUUGAUGGCCAACAACUUACUCCCGUGGCUCUUAACAAACAGAAGAUUCCAAGGGAAGUCUCAGAGAUUCAUCAGCGAGCCCU